AUGAGAGGACGAAAUGGCACGUGUGAGCAUACAUCAAGACGUCGGGCUGUACCCGUCAUAUAUCUAAGAGGUUCUCAUUAUGAAGUCGGUCACGAUGUGGGUCGCACGUUUUCAUCAGUCAUCAAAGAUUUUAUCGCAACCUACGCUAAUCUGCGGGACUUCGAGAAGGAAUAUAAAACUGAUACUGGGAAGCAGGCGUACGAGAAAACCUUAGCCAAUAUGAAACAGCGUUACCCAUGGUACUUGAAAGAGAUGCAAGGCGUUGCUGAUGGAGCUGAUGUUCCGUUCUAUCAGUUGUUCCUGUUGCAAAUGGAUGACAUUAUUGGCACCAUCAACGAUAACCACAUUCCGAGGAACGAUACUGGUGGAUGCAGCUCAAUUGGAAUAAACACGCCGAGCGAUGCAAUCUUGGCUCAUACUGAGGACGCAUUCAGUGAGACACUAAAUCACUUUUAUAUCAUGUCAGCUCAUAUAAUACCAACUCAAGAGGACAAAGAUCUUGGGGCCGUUGAGGAAAGAUUCGCGUCGUUAUGCUACGCGGGACACAUGCCCGGAUACACGAUGGGAUACAACGGAAAUGGACUAGUUUUCUCCAUAAACACACUUAGCCCUAUGCUACUGAAGCCAGGGAACACUCCGCGAACAUUUAUCACCCGAGCUCUUUUGACCGCAAAGAAUUUAGAAGAUGCGGAAAGAAUUCUGCUCGACCAGGGUCUGGGAGCAGCCAAUGGAUGCUCCGUGAACAUGAUAUGGACUGAGGGAGACGGUACACGAAGCCUCUACAACGUCGAGAUGGCCCCGGACCUAACUGGGGAUAAGUCACUGUUGAAUGUUAAAAAGUUCGAAAAUGAUGUCACAAUACAUACAAACAAGUACCUCCGCAUACAGUUGAAGGAAGUGGAUGGCCCCAUCAUAGACAGUAGCAAUGCUCGGUUGGAUGCAAUCUACAAACAUCCGAAGCCCAAAACACGGGAAGACCUCCAGAACAUUUUGUCAGACACUUCGAGACAGGACUUCCAAGUGUUUGCGGAACAGGAGGAAUCCGUUAUAAAGACUAUCGCAGCUGGUAUAUUUGAUUUGGGAGAAAAGACUUGGAAUAUUUACAUCAAUAAACCAAACGCAUCCGAGCCUGUUGCCAUUUUACCAAUUAUAUUCACCAAUUUAGGAAAAUAA